UCCUUAUAGUUAUUCAUAUCCAGGACCCAGUGUAUAAUGGGGAGAAAACUGGACCUUUCUGGCUUGACUGAUGAAGAAGCAGAGCAUGUGCUCCAGGUGGUUCAGCGAGAUUUCAGCCUUCGUAAGAAAGAAGAAGAAAGGCUGAGUGAAAUGAAGCAGAAGUUGGAUGAAGAGGGUAACAAGUGCAGCAUCCUUUCCAAGCAGCAGAAAUUCAAUGAGCACUGCUGCAUUCGCUGCUGUUCCCCUUUCACAUUUCUUAUCAACAGCAAGCGACAGUGCCAAGACUGCAAGUACAACAUCUGCAAGAGUUGCAGCACUUACCAGAAGAAGGAGAAGGCUUGGAUUUGCAGUGUCUGUCAGCAAGCAAGGCUUCUAAGGACCCAGUCUCUGGAUUGGUACUAUAAUAAUGUCAAAAGCCGCUUUAAGUGUUUUGGAAGUGCCAAGGUCCUGAAGAACUUGUACAAGAAGCAUAGACUGGAGAGCGGACUUUGUCCUGAUGCAAUAGCAGAAGGAAGUUUGUAUGAAGGAAGCUUUGAGAAUGAAGGAAGCAUUUGUGGCAGUGACUCUACCUUCUACCAGCAGACAGAAGGACACAGCAUGAUGGAUACCCUUGCUGUGGCCUUACGUGUUGCAGAGGAAGCAGUGGAAGAAGCUAUUUCUAAGGCAGAGACCUACAGUGACAGCCUGGACAAGCAGAAUGAAGCUUGUUACUUGCAGGAGCACAAGGAGGACCUCAUAGAAGAGCUGGCCACAACCAUUGUGCAGAAGAUUAUAAAGAAGCAGAAAAGCAAACCCGAGCAGGCCGAGGACCAGAGCAUGCUGACAUUCCCAGGGAGCCGCAGGGGGUCCUACACCUUGUGGAGGUCUCAGUCUGCAUUCUCCCUGGCUAGUGAAGAUUUGGCCAGUAAAGGACAAGACCCUGCAUCAUCUGUGACUGAGGCUCUUCGGAGGCAGCAAAAGGGACAGUCCAGGAAGCAGAAGGAACGCAAACGCUCUGCUUUACCCAGCUGGAAGAGUGUAGACAGGCUAAAUGAAACAAGUCCGCCUCCUGUUUUCCAAAGCACCGAUGGAAACUGGGUGGCUUUGCAGAAUGUCGCUCUGCCUCGUCCUCGGAUGCUCGCCAAACCAAAGAGCCAGGUGUUCAGAGCUUUGGAGAACGAGUCCAGCAUUGUGUCUGCCUAUGACGAGAUGGGCUCGGACAGCGAGGAUGACUAUGACUGGAACGUGGCCUUGAACAAGCUGCGGCGGAGACCUCGACAAUUGCCAGACGACUUCUAUUACUCCAAUUCCCAGUAUGGCACCGAGUGGGCUUACGGCAACGAUCAGUACCAGGCAGUGACCUCCCCCUCCUCUGGGUUAUACACCAACACCGAGACCCUGUUCUCCGAUUCGGAAACAUCUUCAGUAAACUCUUCCCAGGAAGCUAAAGGACCUAGCAAACUUCUCUGGUUGCAAAGCAGAACUCAAAGUGAUAUGCCCAGAAUGGAAAAGAAGCACUUCCAUGGAGAACUAGAUGUAAAUUUCAACCCACAGGCAACUAGCUUGGAGUAUUCAGACAGCAGUGAGACUGAAGAAGUCCAUUAUGAUUUAGAAAAGAGAUCAAGAAGGUGGAAGAAGAACAAAGCCAUCUCUGAAGACUUGUGUGAAGAAAAGAAUCAGACAAAAGCCAGCAAGAUGAAUUUAAGUCAGGAUUUUGAUGAUUUAUCAGAAACUGAUAUAAGCAAUGAAGAUCAGCACCAUGAUGUCAAGCCUGAACUUAUGGAGGAUGAGCUUAAAUCCAGGUUAUUUCAGCUUGCUGCUAAAAUGAGUGACAAGGAAACAUCAUCUGGUGAAGAACAAGAAUCAGAACCUGGAAUAGAUGUGGAAAACCAGAAGGAGAGUUUGUCCUCAGAGGAAAAUGGCAGAAGUAUUCAAGAAGAGUUAAAGAAGGAAAAACAAAAGGCUUUUGAUCUUCAUUUAAAGCUGCAGUUUUUAUCCACUGUAUUGCAGCAGAAGUACUCUGCUGUCUCUCUCUGCAACAUAUCUACAGAAGUCCUGAAAGUCAUCAAUGCCACUGAAGAACUGAUAGCAGAAUCCACCAGUCCCUGUGAUUUCCCAGAUGACAUUCAGGACAGAGGAAGAGGAACCCUCCCGCUGGGCACAGAUCCCGUCAGACUCGACGAGCAGCUCACCACACUGGAAGAAAAUGUGUACCUGACAGCCAGCACGGUGUAUGGACUGGAGGGGCAGCUGACCAACCUGGAAGAUGCCGCACGCAAGAUCAACAGUGUCACUGAGGAAUCUGAGCUGGCCGAUCUGGAGGAUCAGGUGGCCACAGCAGCUGCCCAGGUUCAUCAUGCAGAGCUUCAGAUUUCAGAUAUUGAGAGCAGAAUAUCAGCUCUCACUGUUGCAGGCUUGAACGUGGCUCCCUGUGUUCGCCUGACAAGGAAACGGGAUCAAAAGCAAACAAACCAGAUGCAUACAAUAGACACAUCAAGACAGCAGAGGAGAAAACUUCCAGCUCCACCAAUAAAAGGUGAAAAAAUAGAUGGUUCUCCAGUUACUACUGUCAGAACGUUUAACAGAAACUUCAUGCUUCAAGGAUCUCUAACACAAAGAACUAAAGAAAGGAAAAGCACUGCCAAGGACUUAAUGGAACCUGCUGUAGGAUCUGCUGUGAUGUACUAAACUUACACUUCCCUACUGCCAAUAACACACUGCCUAAGGCUGUCCACUAGAGUGCCUUUUCUUAACAGCCAUUGUGUAUGUCCAGCUGAAAAUGGACCCUCAAGAACCCACAGAGCCUCAGUUAUAGGGCUUCAUUUGGAUACCUCACUGAGAAAGCUGUCCAAGUCUUCAGCAUUGUGGUCUGCUACAGGAAACUCUGCCUUAAAGUUCUCAGAGGACUCUAGACAGGAUGCUAUGUUUCAAAAGCAAGGCUCCACAUUUUAAGAUGCACUUUUUCUCCCUAUCGAUUGUAUUAAGUAUGUCGUCUUUAAACUGCAGUAUGUUUUUGUACACUCAAUCAGUCAUAAUUAUAGGCCAAUUAAUCUGCCAAAGCAGACCUGUGAUCCAUAUUUGCUGGCCUCUUACUAUUCAUGUGGGCAUCUGUCUUGUCGAGCAAUAAGAACAACUCUUUGCAGUGUGUGCUGCUUUUCAGCUGCGUGGAGGGAGAGGAGAAUCUGUGUACAUCGCUCUGCUCCCAGUGAGUAAGUGGAAGUCUUGGGAGGAUUGGUAGGAGGAGGAAGACUUCUCUGUUCUCUGAGAGUACAUCUCGCAGGUUGAAUGUUCCAGCUCCAGAGCUAGGGAUAGUGCUCUAGGCAGCAGGGGUGUCAUGCUGAACCAGGAACUGGUGGCCACACAUGUGGACCAGGUAUCUGCUGAGUUAUGAUCCCAGUGUCUGGGAACACCUGAACACUGUUAGAGACACCAACACCUCCAUAUGUCUUGUUCUUGGCAGCAUUGUCCACUUGAUAGUGGCCAACCAUGCUGUAGUUCAGAAUAAAUUCUGUCCAAACCUUUAAGAUUGGAAAAAGGUUGUUAAAGAGUUGGGGUUGAGCUCUCUGCUGACUGACUAGUGGUUGUGGGGUGGCUGCAGCUUGCAAGAGAUUCCUUACAGAUAUUCACUGGUGUUUCUGAGGAGGCAAAUGUAGCCCAGACAUCAGUUCCUAUACUAGUCUGGAGCCACCAGAGAGUAGCUGAGGCCUGUUACUGGUGCCACAUGCACCCCACUACUACUGGACUGCUCUGAAUUGGAUUGUGAAUUGUGAUAUUCCUUCUUUCAUUUCUUGAGACCCUUAACAGGUGAGUCAAACUGGAAGGCCCUUUGGCAGAUGCCCAGGAAGGAGGAUGCUGCUUACAAUCCUUCUUGCCCUUUUGCAGGAGAACAUUGCCAAUUUGUGAUUAUUUUUUUGCUCUGAAGAAUACAAAGAAGGUAGUCGGAGGAGGUGAUGAGCCAGUGAAUCCCUUACCUUCCACACCAGUUGCAGAGCAGGUACCCAAGUGCAGAUAGAGUUGAUGUGAAACGUGCUAAGAGGGAAGGCAUGAGCUGGCAAGUUUCCCUCAGCAUUAAGGAGUGGUGAGCUCUCCCAAGAGCUGUGGGUACCAGGAAGGAGGAGAGCUCUUUUGUUCUCUGGGCCCCCAGUGAACACCCACUAGCAGAGUGCCACCUGUUACCUGCCAUGCAGCAGGGAAGCAGUUCCCUGGGACACCAAGCUGUGCAAUGUCUGUAGUUGGGAAAAUAGAAGCAAAACUGGGAAAAUUUCCUGACUAGGUUGGGUAUAGGGGAGUGAGUGGGGAAGACAAGGAAUGGCUGGAUGGGUUGAUUGGAAAAACAGUGCCAGUUGCAAAUCUGCCAUCCACAUUUGACAUCUAGCUUGUCAGUACUCUGAUGUCCAGCUGCAUGUGAGGAACCUUGGAAUAAAUACAUCCACCUUCCCACUUAAAAUACGUAAGUGUCAUUCCAUCCCUUCAGGGAAUUUCCAUCUGCCCAAGAUCUGACCCAAUGUGUUUGUUCUGGGUAAAAUUAGGCCUUCUUUUACUCUCACACAAUACUAGUUCUCUGAAAUUGGUUUGCACAGAUGUGAGAGAAGAAUUUGGCCCACUCUGUUUAAUAUAUAAAUAUAUAUAUAAAACAAAUAGAUUUUAUUUAUAUAUGCAAUCCAGUAAAGGAGAUUAAACAGAGUAGGAUGCCUAGUAAUUUUUUUGUUAUUCAAUCUCAUCCUCCAUUCACUGUUCUUGUGUAUGUAUACAAUACAUUCCCAGGUUCUGGUUUAUGCAGGUAUGCGUGUUAUGAAAUGUCAUUAAUGGUGGUUGGUCUGCAUAUUCGUCUAAUAAAUAAUAAUUAAUAUUGUGUAUGUAAUAUCAAUACAGAAAUGACUAAUUUUAAUAGAAUAACUCUUUGGCUUUUGUUCUGUUAGUGUGAUUUAAACAAGCCAACAAAGUUUGGAGUAGGUUGUUUUCCUUAAGAGGCAUGAAAAGCAACUAUUACCGUGUUACAAUGUUAAAAUAUUCAGUCUUCUUUGACAGACAAAUGUGUACUGUGUAGGCAUUGCAAAAAAAAAAAACAAAAAACAAAAAAACAACCUUUAAAAAAAAUCCCACAUGCUCUAAGGCAUUUGAAUUUUUACAAAUGUUUAUCGUGCCAAAUACGUGCGAAGAUAUAAUUUACUGUUUUAAAAAAAUCAUAAAAGCAUAUGUUAUAGCACACAAAGAAUUAUUUUGUCAUCAAGUGAUUUCAAUCUUUAGUGUUAAUAUUUAUAUUUAGAUUAAUUUUUAUAAAUGAAAAUAUUUUAAUGGGUAAAAUGAAGACUAUAUGACCUAUUUGAUUAAGUCUGAGUGAAUAUUAAGCUUGCCUUGUUGUUGUUAUCUGCAUACUCACCAAGAAUUAUUGUCAAGAGAAAUUAUAAAAGAGUAAAAGCGAUUUAUGAAAAGAAUGCCUUUUCAAUGACUUGAUUCAUAAAGAAAACCAAAAAGUUC